AUGUCCCCUUCAGGCCCUUUCCAAGUCACCGUACACCCCUUUGAGUCCAAGUGCCGAAGCUCGGCCGCCUAUGAAAUUGGUCUCACUUCAGCUCCUAAUGCCAUUGUCUUCAUCGGUGGGCUUACAGAUGGACCUCACACUAUUCCUUAUACCCGGCUUCUAGCCCAGCGUCUGGAGGAAGCAAAGGAGCUGGGCUUCUCUGUUAUCGAAUUCCGCAUGAGGAGCUCUUUCUCGGGGUUUGGCACUUCGAGCCUCUCCAACGAUGUUGAAGACAUUUCUGCUUUGGUCAAGUAUCUACGAGGAAUUGGCAAGGAAAAGAUCGUCCUAUUUGGUUCCUCAACUGGCUGCCAGGACUGCAUCGAGUAUGCCAACUAUGCCAAGCGCAACAACGAACCUGUCGAUGGCUUCGUUAUGCAGGGUCCGGUAUCGGAUCGUGAGACACUGGAUUUGAUCUUCCCGGAUCCUCAGCCGAGUCUUGAUCUCGCCGCAAAGAUGAUUUCCGAGGGCAAAGGUGGCGAUUGUAUGCCUUUUGACAUGAUUCCUGCUGUUCUGGGAGCGCCCAUUUCGGCGUAUCGGUUCCAGUCUCUGGCGAGCAAAGGGAAUUGGUCUCGGUUCAAUAAGCCAGUGCUGGUUCUUCAUUCUGGUGAGGACGAGUUCGUACCAGGGCGCAUCGACCAGGCUGCGAGCAACAACAGAUACAAAACAUUGAACCCGGUUGUCAGUAGGUUAUCGGGGCUGAUUCCUGGCGCUAGCCAUACCGUUGAUCAACCCCAAGCGCAGGAGUGGCUUUCCAAGACGGUAAUCGAAUGGUUGAAAACCGAAGUCACUUCUCGUGCUGAUUGA